AUGGCGAACAUCUACAAGGGACAGGAUCGCCCAGAAUCGGACUUUGACCCGUUCCAGAACGUGAAAGCAAGUAAUUUUGACAGCGAUCCAAAUCAGAACAGAAGCCGGUCACAAUCAUUUCUGACCCCGAAAAAAUCUUUGCACCCAUUCAGCCGAGAUUUCAUUGAUUCUGUCUGUACCGUUGUCAACAAAGACCUGUUGUACUGCAAACUGUUUUAUUUAUUCUUCUUUGGGGCGUUUGGUUCGCUUUUUCCUCUACUGGCAAUAUAUUUUAAACAACUGGGAAUGAAUGCGUCUCAGACAGGAUUACUAAUUGGUUUCAGGCCUUUUAUAGAGUUUUUAAGUGCUCCAUUCUGGGGCUCUCUCGCUGAUAGAUGGAGGCGAGGUAAGGAGAUGUUGCUCUUCUCCAUUCUCUGCUGGAUCGUCUUCACCGUGGCCAUCGCGUUUGUCCAACCUCCGGCUCACAAAUGUCUCACCUUCAACGGCACCCACAACAUUCUUGAGGUCCCUAUAGGGCGACGACGACGGGAUAACCCAAUGCACGCAACACCUGUGUACCACUUUUCUGAUAACGGAAUGUUAACGUCAGACGGAGUUCCAAAUCUGAAUCCUGAAAUAAACAUUCAUAACAACGACCAUAGAGCACUGCUGAAAGAUUUUGCAUCUGAUUCAUACAACUUGUAUAAUCACCAUCAAUCAUCGAAGGAUGCAAAUUUACCUUCACAUUUAGAAUUGGGGCGGUCAAUAGUUCUCCCUGCUGACUUGACUUCCUUCUACAUCCACAACCGUUACAAACGAGGAUACCAGGAGAUUGACCCCAGUAAGAUUGCCAAUGUCAAUGUCUCAGAUGUCAAGGGCUUGUUGUUUAACCAACACAGUGCGGUUGUCUAUCAGGAGGGCCAGGUCAAGCACGCAUUCUUUAUUCUUUUGCUACUUGUGAUUAUUGGCGAGUUCUUCAGCGCUCCCGCCGUGACCUUCGCCGACUCCGUGACCUUGUCAUUUCUGGGCGAGGACGUGCAGAAUUAUGGACGACAGCGGAUGUUUGGUUCUAUAGGCUGGGGUUUGGCCAUGUUUUUUGUGGGCAUGGCACUGGAUCACUCAACCACGUUUCCGGACCAUCCCUGUGGUAAAGCACACAUCAGGGAGAAAAACUACACAGUGUGUUUCGCUGUCUUCUGCGUUUUGAUGAGCUGUGCCUUUCUGGCGGCGCUGCAGUUUCGCUUUGACCACCACAGCCAGGACCUGAAGUUGUCUGAAGUCCCAGGAAAGGUCAAGAACAAGGUGAAAAAGAUCAUCUCAGGUCACAGAAAGAUAGACAGAGAAAGACUUGUGGAGGAAUACUCUGAUGAUGAAGAGUUGCCCACAAAGAAGUACGAAGAAGAGCUUGGAAACAAUGCAGAAACAGAAAAGAAACAAGAAGACAUAAAUCUCAAAAUAAACCCAGUGGUUGGCAGUGACAUGGUCACCGACGCCCUGAAAGCUCCCGGGGCAAAGGUAUAUCCUGGUCGUGGGUUUGGUGGUGUGACGGGCGCCAUACCCUUUGGAAGCGCCGAGGCCAGUUACUCAGACCAGCCCUUCUUUGGCAAGUGGAUCGCUGUGAUGAAGUUGUUGGCUGCUUAUGAGUAUAUAUCAGUGCUCAUCAUUGCCUGGUUCAUGGGUUUCGGCAUUGGAAUUAUCUUCACGUUCCUCUUCUGGCAUCUUCAAGACUUGAACGGCUCUCCCACCCUGUUUGGUGUAGCCUCAGUGAUCAACCACAUCUCCGAGCUGUUUGCAUAUUUCCUGACUGGGUCGUUCAUCAGCAAGUAUGGGCAUGUCAAAGUGCUGUAUGCUGGGCUGGCCGGAAAUGUGGCCAGGUUUAUGUACAUCUCGCUACUAACGAACCCUUGGUGGGUGCUGCCUUUUGAAUUUGUACAAGGGCUGACCCAUGCAGCCGUGUGGGCUGCCUGCUGCGCUUACAUCACCCAUGCCAUCCCGGUAGAGCUGCGAUCAUCUGCCCAAAGUAUUAUACAGGGGCUCCAUCAUGGGCUUGGCAGGGGCUGUGGGGCUGUGUUUGGUGGGCUGAUGGUCUAUAAAUACGGGAGUGUGGUCACGUUCCGUAUCUAUGGAGUCUUCUGCAUCAUCGUGCUGGCUGCGUAUAUGGCUGUUAACGUUCUCCUUCAGAGAAAAGGUAGAUUUUCCCACGGAAGUCACGUGCCACACGAACUGUUUGAAGACACAGCUCACCUGGCCCCACACGGUGUUCCUUCUGGAGCAGCCAUCGAUUUGACCGGCAAGCGUUUGACAGGAGAGCCACAGCAAGGUGAGAACAUCUGGCUUCAUCCGGGCUCAUCUGG